AUGCCUAAGGCAAAACAAGCUACACCAGUCACGAAAACUGCUAUAAUUCAAAAUAUAAACCCUGUAUCAUCUAACAUCAACAUCACUAAAGUAUUUAACGUUCGAGAUGGUGGUAUAAUUGUUAGAUGCGAAAACUCUGAUGAAUGUAUCAAAUUUAAAAAGUUCGCAGAUGAGAAGCUGGCCAAUGACUACACAAUCAAAGAAGUUCCUGUACUGAAUUCUCGCUUCAAGAUCGUUGGUAUCUCUGAAAAUCUUUCUGAAAAUGAUUUUAUAAAUGUUAUUAAAAACCAGAACAAAAAUGAAAUAUGUCCAGAUAGUAAUUUAAAAGUAAUCUCCCAAUUACCUUUGAAAAAGAAUAACAAACUUUUCCAAGUCAUAAUACAGUCAUAUAUUAAUAGUUAUCAAAAGGUUAACUCACUAGGUAAACUAUUUGUUGGCUGCGAUUAUUGUAAUGUUUUUAACGCCAUUGAGGCGGUGCUUCAAGUGCUGUCGUUUUCAUCACCUAGAGAAACAUUGUAA